CCUCUUCUCUCACCCUCCCCCCCUUUUUUCUCCACUUUGGAUCACUUUUCAUCUCUGCACCUCAAAAUGCACGCCGCCUUAAUGGGAUCCUCAAAGAAGAAGGCAACCAGGGCUCUUUCUGGGAGCCAAAAAAGAAACAGCCCGAGAAAAUAGGAUAUCAGCAUAAGACACAAUGUGAAAAGAAGAGAGGGGGGAAUAAAAACAGGGUGAGGGAGAGAAGUUGUGCAUUCAGCUAAGCUGCAAAAGGCUGGCUCGUCUUCCCUCCCCCCGCCUUUCUCCACCCCCUGGAAAAGUGUUCUGUCUCUCUCUCUACCUCUUUUUCUCUCUCCCUCGCUCUGCAGCUGUGGUCUGCUGAGCGUCACCUCCACACAGCAAGUGCCUUUACUUGAGCAGAAGAGGCACAAGGAAGAGGAGGGUAGCUGCGAGAGAGAGCUCAUCCCCAGGAGUGUGUCUGAACGCACCGGAGGAGCAUCUCCUCCGACUUCGAAGAGAGGGGCUGAGGAGUGGGCAGAGGCAGACGGGCAGAGGCAGGCGCCGUUGGAGUAUCACUGCGCUGGUGGUGUUGGCAGAGCGUGCUGAGUGGAGGCAGGGGAAUCCACUGGCGCUGUUGAUCCUGGUGUCCCUGGCAAAAGCUGCUAGAGCAGGAGACAGAGAACGGCGCAGCAGCCAGGAUCCCGCCAGGGGGGGAGCAUUUUACAGCGACAACGAAGCGUGGAGACAGCUGAAACCUGCACACACACGGGAAAACACACAUGCACACAGCUGAGUGGGGAAGGACAGUCAGACACACAUUUAAAAGAUUCACUCUUCUGAAACGCACAUGCACAGAUACAAAAUGUUACUUCAUGGAUGCUGGAUGAUGGAGAGGAAAACUUCUGGAGAGGAAAUUCUCUUUUAAGCAGGACUUACUGCAUAGAUUUUUUCCCAGUAAGAAUAACUUUCUCUUUUCGGGGAGUUGGAGGUUUAAACCCUCUAUCUAAGCACAACACAAAAUCAACUCUAUUCUUAGUUACAGGAAUUGAGAGCGGUCUUUGUGACCAUUAAGAUGCUUCCUCCUGAUUCAGUCUGAGCAGUAAGUGGAUUAUGACGGCAAUAUUUUGGGAUUUCUCUUUUGCUUAAAAAAAAAAAAAAGGAGAGAAAUAUAUCCAUGACUGGUGGAUUUACGUGUGUCAGAGAAGGAGAAGAUCCCGUGCGUUUUCUCCUCUCUUCUCCUGUGGAUUACAGAUGGGCUUUGUGAUCUCCCAGUGCAGUCUCAUGGAUGAUCGCUCGCUGCCAGUCAUUAGGAUAAAGUACAAAGAGGGACACAAGUGAGUAUUCAGCUGGAUUUUUAUCUCUGAAGGCUUAAGCUUGUGUGGAAACAAGGGUGUUGGAAGUGAAUCUGGAAUGAGAACACAUCGCAGCAGCUUUUUUUUUUUUCUAUUUAAAAAAAAAUUGCAACUCGUUUAUUGAACUACUGUGUUGUGUUUGAUGAAUGAUCACCAGGGUGUUAAAGGGUGACACACACAUCCUGAGAUUCAUUCAUUUAUACGAUAACAAACCUGUAUGUUUACAGACCAUUUGUCAAUGAACAUAAUUUACUAAAUGAGGGGUACUGUCUACCCGGCAGGUGGCUUGGGCACAGGCAGAGAUUGAUUGAAGUGAUCUGUGUGAAUCCUAUUAAUGCAUCCUGGACUCUGGCCAAGGCAGAAGCAAUGGAGGGGAACGCCGCUGUCUAGCAGUACUAUCUGAUCUGCCUCCUCACUGGACAAACUGAGCCCCCUCUGCACUCCCUCUUCAACAACACUCCUCCUCCUCCUCCUCUUCUCGCCCAGGCAAGGAUGGUACCUCCACCUCCCACCAACAAGCCCCACGUGUGCCUGUCCACCAUCAUCAUCAUGAGCAGCAUGGCGCUGAUUGAUGCCUACCUCGUGGAGCAGAACCACGGGCCACGCAAGAUUGGCAUCUGCAUCAUGGUGAUGGUGGGAGACAUCUGCUUCCUGAUCGUCUUGCGUUACGUGGCGGUGUGGGUGGGCGCCGAGGUACGCACGUCCAAGCGAGGCUACGCCAUGAUCCUCUGGUUCCUCUACAUCUUUGUGCUGGAGAUCAAGGUCUACUUUGUGUAUCAAAACUACAAGGCGGACAGGAAGAGCCUGGACGCUCUCGCGAGGAAAGCGUUGACCUUGCUGCUGUCCAUCUGCAUCCCGGUGCUGUUCGUGGUGCUGGUCGCUAUCGACCACAUGGAGUACGUUCGCGCUUUCAAGAAGCGCGAGGAGAUCCGCAAUCGCCUCUUCUGGGUGGUGGUGGACUUGCUGGACAUACUGGACAUCCAAGCCAACCUGUGGGAGCCUCAGAAGAAGGGGCUCCCUUUGUGGGCGGAGGGCCUGAUGUUCUUCUACUGCUACAUCCUGCUGCUCGUGCUGCCCUGCGUGUCCUUGAGCGAGAUCAGCAUGCAGGGCAUCAACAUCGUGCCCCACAAGAUGCUCCUGUACCCCAUCCUCAGCUUGGUGACCAUCAACGUCAUCACGCUCUUCAUCCGCGGGGGGAACAUGAUCCUGUACAGGGACGCCAGGGUAUCCGGGAUCCUGAUAGGAAAGAACAUCCUGGCCAUCAUCCUAAAGACCUGCAGCUUCGUGCAGUACAGGAGACAGUUGCAGCAUGCUUCUCCCGCCUUCGGGGUGGAGCUGCAGAAAAACUCGGUAGCCCACGCUCGCCCUGCACCCACCCCUCCUCAAGUGGUCAUGCAGGACCAGACGGCGCUCCCCGAGGUGACGACGUGCGAACACACAUGACAGUGAAUCCUGGAGAUGUCAAUAUGAAUAUAUAUAUGACCCUCAGGACGCUGGCAGGGCACAACGCUCCACACCCUUUAGGGCAUGUGAACACUCAUGUGAACACACAGGGUGAUGCUUAGUGGCACACAGGACACUGCAGACGCUUAGCGAGGAUAGAGCAGUGCUGUAUCCAAAUCUGUCAUGGUGCAAAAUACAGUCUCACUUGUGACUUUGUUGAAGCAUUUCCUCCAAUGAAUUCAGUCAACUGUGUAUUUUUUCUAAUUGUACAAAAAGAUAAAAAAAAAAGAAAAAGGGCAACUACUGCAAGAUUAGAGGAUAUAUAUUUUUGAAUUGUGUGUGUUGCAUUCUAAUCUUAAACUUAAGGGUCUGUGUGCUGUGGUGUGUAUUUCUGUUGCUCGAAUGUUCUUAGUAGUCGAGGGCUUUAUCACGUCAAAGACGGGAGGAGCAACCAAUGCGAGAAUCAAAGUAAAUAACAGUUAAAGUGUGUUUUUAUAUGUGAUUCUUUGAUAAAGUAUUGUGUACAAGAUAAAGGCAUUCCUGCUCUUUCA